CGGUCCUCCACCAUUUCGCUGCGUAAAGUCUCCUCCCCGCGACCGCUACAUUCUGCGCCGAAACCCAGUCUCUCCCGGUCCGGAUUUUAACUUCUUCCCACAGACCUAGUGGUACCUCGUUGGGUACCGGGAGGCGGUUUGGAUUACUGGCUUUACGGAUUGAGUGCGAUUUUACGCGGAUGACGACUCCUUCAACGAGAAUUUAGUAAAAGAAAAUCGGUCGGAAAUUUCAGAAUAUGUGGAGGGGACCCUAAUUUCAGCAUCCUGGAAGUAGAAAGCACAGAAGAUCUGUGUCUCACACCACAGACAGGUGCAGUGUGUAGCCGGGGCAGCACAGAGGAAGGAAGCUCUGGGGAGGAGGCGGUGCGGCAGCGUGCCCCUCCGGCUGUGGAUGUGCUGGGUGGCAACCCCCAGGCUGCACAGAAUGUGGCUGGGGAGUCACCUCGGCAUGCCCCGCAGCCGGUCGCCGCUGCCCCCCGCCCAGUCCCUCCGUUCACCAAUCCGUCCACUGUGCCAUUGCCGGAGAGCAGCGACUCUGCGUUCCUCGGCAUGGAGAACGCCCCUCCGACCAGCUUGCCUGAGACUCUCCCGAUCAGCGGCGACUCUAAGGACAGCGUCUCAGAAGAAGCUCCCGCUGAGGAGAGCGUUGUCGGAGUUUCGACAUCCUUGCCAACAUCCCUCGAUGAGGACUGUAGUUCCUCUGCUGAGACGCAAAGGCUUCCAGCCCCCUUUUGUCCUCCCCUCGCCCCAGGUUCACAGAUUGACAGCACAGUGCAAGAGUUGCAAUACGGGUCACAAACUGAUAAAGAGAAAAGCCACUCAAAUAGUCAGACAAACCAGAUUCCGCCACCCACAGAGGGUGCUGGACUUGUGGACAUUGCGGGAACAAAGGAGAAACAGUCCGUCACAUUGGAAUAUAAACCAGAGAAUGGAACAAACGUGGAACUUGGUGGAAAAGAGCACACAGGCGGAAGUAUUCUCCCUCAACCCCAAUCUCAAAUCUGUUUCACAGCCUCAGCUCCAUCUGUCUCACAAUCAAGUGUUGGUUUCAAAGUCCAAGACACCACAGAACAUGGGACUAUGGAGCAGUCUGACAGGGACGCACUUGCCCACGCAAAUCAAGGCAGCCAUAUACCUCCGCCAAGUGCUGCGGAGCAGGCAGGUGUUCACCAGGACUCAAAAUCGUUCCCGCUCCCUUUACCCUCAUCUGACAGCAGUGAGAUUAAACAAACUGACGUGUCAAAAACACAACCUAAAGUCAUCAAAGAGCUCUCAAAUGACGCCAGAGAAACACAGAAAGCUAAUUCUUUGGAAUCAAUUGAGAUGUUUGAACAUGUUAAAGAGCUUGUUGACACUUCUCACAAAGAAACACAACCUCCUUCAGCUGAAAUACUUGAGACCACAAAAGCAAGAGAAUUGCUUCCUGGAUUAUACACUCUUCCUGGAAAUGGAGGCUCGGUGUCCGGCAGCACAGUCGGCAGAGAAGACGGCGACGUCCAGAGGAGCUGCAAUCCCCUUGAAGGAGAGCAAGGGGAGAGCAGCACGAGGGAAGAACAAACUGACACCACCACCUCCUCAUCUGACUUCAAAAUGCUGCCAGAGUGCUCUUCCACACGGGAGAGUUCCUCAAAACCUUCUGCUGCAACCCCUCUGUUUGACACGGGCCUAGUUGACUCACUGCAGGCGGAGCAGGUUGUUGAAGCAGAAACAUCUCAACCCUCAGACCAAGUCCUCACCCCAGAGACUCCGCUGACCGCCGAUGCUCAAGAAAUUGUGGUAGUCAGAGAGGAGGCUCACAUCAGUGGGGACUGGUCGAACAUGCACCUGAAUCAGAGUUACCUCCUACAACGAGAAGACGGCAGCGUCUGUGAAGCUGCCAUUGUUAACGAGCUGAGUGCUGAGCUCUCUGCUGGAGAACCGAAGCUCUACGAGGAAAGUGUUCAGGCAGAUAUGGACUUGCACUCGCAGCCCGUGGAAGUGUAUGAGUUUUGUGGCCUGGUUGAGGAGGUUGCCGAGGAAACGGUCUGCGCCAGCAGCAGUGUGCAGAUAGCUCACUCUCCAGGAUACGAGGUGAACUUAUUCAACGCGUUACUAGAACACUCUGAGGAAUACGCUGGCAAACAGGAUCUAGAGUCGCAUCUUGAACCAUCUAUUCACACACUUAAUGAAGGUGACACGGUUAUUAUUUCCCAGCAGCCCCUGCUUUCAUCACAGGCUUGCUCUAACGGUAAAUCCCAUAAUUUGCCCGUGCAAAACGCAAGGGUGGCUGCUGUCGGACAGCAUUUGGUAUUAGAUGCUAACCAAGCUGUUGAAGUGGCUAACACAAGUGCGGUUUGUUUAGUUGAAGUAGCUGCUGUUACAUCUGAAUCAUUCACUGUUAAACAGACAGACACCAGUCUACAAAUUGUGACACCUUGCUCACAGGUCAGUGCGGCUGUCCAAAACCAAACGGAGGUGAAUGAGUCUCCUGUAAGUCAGGCAGUUCCCCAAAAACAGGAAGCAGAAGCAACAGCUGGUGCAUUAUCGCUCGUGUCCCCAGUGGGUACUGGUGAGGACAUGGGGAUGGAAUCAUCCGUUGCUGUUUCAGUGCACGUUUCUCAUGUAGAAAAUCAGCCCUCUCUAAAUCAGACCCCAGGAGUCACUGUUGUAAGUGCCACAAAGCCCGCUUUGACGGAGACUCCAUCACAGAGUAUUCAGAAUGUGCCCACAGAAACCAAACCAGAGGCUUUCUGCACCACUCACUCCUCUGGUUUUAUAAAUCCAAAGCUGCUCCUUCUUAAACCGGGAGAAACUCCCAUCCUGAAACACCCACCCUCCCUUUUGGCACAGGUGUCCAAGCAACAGAAUGCGGCCGGCAAGCUGGCCAAUGCCCACAGCUCUUGCUCUGGCACGGUGUCUGAGGAGUGCCUUCCCCAAACUGUCUCAGCAGCAGACUCUUUAUGUGCGUCUGUGGCGCUUAGCAGCCAGAAAGAUCAGACGCAGUGCUCUGUCCAUAAAACUUCAGAGACAACAGCUCCGCCUGUAAAGGUACUGCAGCCUACCAUGAGCGGUAACAUCUCACUUCAACUUGACCAGACUGUCACCCCCACAACCUCAACAAGCAAAUCUGACAAAGAGGCCUUAACUGUAACUAAAACUUCAACAAGUGAAACAGAUCCUGCAUCCCAAGAUGUCCUCACCCCUGCAGCCGCCGCUGCCACCCCACCUACUACGCCUAACACCCUUUACAUGCUCACAGCAUCAGUGGAUAGUGAAGGUACGGUCAUGACAUCCGCCAGUCUCAACGACCCCGUCAGCCAACACGACUCCCUCUACGCGGAGGACGAGAGCGAGGACAUGGAGCAGGACGAACCGACGGGAGAAACCGAGGCCCAGGAGGCCACUUCGGGACAGGUUAGCAGUCCGGAGGAAGGCAGCGACGAGGACCCCGACGACGACAAAACAGAAGGCGAGAUGACCAACCCCAGCUCACCGCAUAAGGUACGCCAGUGGAUAGCAGACAGGGUCACGGCGAAUUCAUCUCCUGUCUCACCUUGCACCUCCUCUUCUUACCCCGGCCCCUUGUCCACCAGCGAUUGGUCCACUCUACGACGGGAGAGGUCCUCACCUCUCCGGGGUCCUCACGGGAAGUUCGUUUCUCCUUCCUCUGUUGGUGGCUACAGUUCCUCCUCUUCCCCACCCGAUCAGGCCGCUCCUCAGCGACCGCGUGGCGAGCGUCACACAGACAUGGCAGAGCUGGCUAAACACGAAGCAGACAUCGAACAUCGAACCCAGGCGCUGAAGCGAGAGGGCUUCUGGUCGAUGAAGCGUCUCACCCGCCUGACAGAACCGCCACGACCUAAAGUUCACUGGGACUACUUGUGUGAGGAGAUGCAGUGGCUCUCCGGCGACUUCGCUCAAGAGAGGCGAUGGAAGAGAGGAGUGGCGAGAAAGGUGGUACGAAUGGUGAUGCGACACCACGAGGACCUGAGGCAAAAAGAAGAAAAAGCCAAGAGAGAUGAACACGCCAAGAUCAGAAGAGUUGCCUCUUCUAUUGCAAAGGAAGUCCGGGCUUUCUGGACCAGUGUUGAGAAGGUGGUGCAGUACAAGCAGCAGUCUAGACUGGAGGAGAAGAGGAAGAAGGCUUUGGAUCUUCAGCUGGACUUCAUUGUUGGCCAGACAGAGAAAUACUCGGACCUCCUCAGCAAGUCCCUUGCACCCACCAGGCCGGCUGAAACUGUCCCUCUGACUCCCAAAAAAUCUCCGCCACCUCCCGUUGAUGAGGAUGACAGAGACUUUGAGCCUCCCUGUGAGGAGGAGGAUGAUGAGGAGACCAUAGAGGUGGAGGAGCAACAGGAGGGCAAUGACGCCGAGAGCCAUAGGAGGGAGAUUGAACUGCUGAAGGAGGAGGGCAUGCUGCCCCUGGACCAAUUACUCAGCACCCUCAAACUGCCACAGGAGUCGGGCUCAGACGAGGAAUGCUCUGAUGAAACCUCUUCAUCGGUGGAGGAAGAUGGCGAAUUCACUGCCAAUGAAGAGGAUGCUGAGGAUGAGGAGGACACCAUAGAUGCCCAGGAGAAGGUAGAAGGAAAUGUAGACCACGCAGAGGAAUUGGAUGACUUAGCCAGAGAAGGCGAUAUGAGUGUUGAGGAGCUGCUGGAGAAGUACAAAGGAGCAUAUGCUUCAGACUUUGAGGCUCCUUCUGCAUCUGGCUCUAAAGUGAGCUCUGAUUCUGAGGUGUCUGGGGACGAGGAGGAGGAGACUGAAGAAGAUGAGAGCGAUGCUGAAAGCAACACUUCCUCCUCAGCUUCACCAGGGGACAGUGGGGAAGAGGACGACAGUGAGAAAGACGAAGAGGAGAGCGGGGAAGAAGAUGGGGAUGAUGACUGUGGAGAGGAAGGGAUGGAGCUCUUGCUGAAGGAGGGAGACAACAGCCCGCCAUCCUCUAGCUCACGGCCGAAGAAAGAGAUCAGCCACAUUGCUGCUACUGCAGAGAGCCUGCAGCCUAAAGGUUACACUCUGGCUACUACAAAGGUCAAGACCCCCAUCCCAUUCCUGCUUCAUGGCACAUUACGAGAAUACCAGCACAUUGGACUCGACUGGCUGGUCACCAUGUACGAGAAAAAGCUAAAUGGCAUUCUGGCUGAUGAGAUGGGUCUGGGAAAGACCAUCCAGACCAUCGCUCUGCUCGCUCACCUCGCCUGUGAAAAGGGUAACUGGGGCCCUCACCUUAUCAUCGUCCCCACCAGUGUGAUGUUGAACUGGGAGAUGGAGCUGAAACGCUGGUGUCCCGGGUUUAAAAUCCUCACCUACUUUGGCAGCCAAAAGGAGAGAAAGCUGAAGAGACAGGGCUGGACAAAGCCGAAUGCUUUCCACGUGUGCAUCACUUCGUACAAGUUGGUGCUGCAGGAUCACCAGGCCUUCCGACGCAAGUCUUGGCGGUACCUGAUCCUAGAUGAGGCGCAAAACAUCAAGAACUUCAAGUCCCAGCGCUGGCAGAGCCUCCUGAACUUCAACAGCCACCGGCGACUGCUGCUGACGGGAACCCCUCUCCAGAACAGCCUGAUGGAGCUGUGGUCUCUGAUGCACUUCCUCAUGCCCCACGUAUUCCAGUCCCACCGCGAGUUCAAAGAAUGGUUCUCCAACCCGCUGACGGGAAUGAUCGAGGGCAGUCAGGAGUACAACGAAGGCCUGGUCAAAAGGCUCCACAAGGUUCUGAGACCAUUCCUGCUCCGGAGGAUCAAGAUUGAUGUGGAGAAGCAGAUGCCCAAGAAAUACGAGCAUGUGGUGCGCUGUCGCCUCUCCAAGAGACAACGGUUUCUCUACGAUGACUUCAUGGCCCAGGCCUCGACCCGGGAAACACUGGCCAGUGGUCACUUCAUGUCUGUGAUUAACAUCCUAAUGCAGCUCCGCAAAGUGUGCAACCACCCCAACCUGUUUGACCCUCGACCCAUCCAGUCUCCCUUCAUCACGCAGCCCAUUGUUUUCCAUACAGCCUCCCUGGUGCAGGACGCCCUGGAGGUCUCUCCUUUGAAGCGCUGCGACCUUUCUAUGUUUGACCUUGUUGGUUUGGAAAGCCGUGUGUCCCGGUACCAGGCAGAUGUAUUCCUGCAGCGCUACAAGGUCAGCCGCCAACUGAUCCAGGAGAUUGUGGAGUCCCCUGAACCCCCUCCGAGGCCCAAACCAGUCCGCAUGAAGGUCAACAGGAUGUUCCAGCCACCACCUAAAGGUGAUAACCGACCGGUCCUACUGAUGAACAAACCCACCUGCUCCGUUCCCCCUGCAGCACAGACCCCCAAACCUCCUGCAGUCACUGAAGUCACCUCGACUCCUGCACCUGCUCCUGUAGUCCAACAAGUGGUGUGUUCAGUGGCAACCACGCCACCUCCUCGCCCGUCCAUGCAUCUCACUGCUCAAACUGCAGUGAGAUCCAACGCUCCAAAGCCGGUGCUGACCGUACGGCCUCCCACUGCCUCCUGCACAGCCAGCAUCCCAACUCACCCGAGUCCAAACGCUGGCAACAUCAUGCCCCAGAGGGUUCUGCUCAGUCCAGAUAUGCAGGCUCGGUUGCCUUCUGGUGAGGUAGUGAGCAUAGCCCAGCUGGCCUCCCUGGCAGGGCGACCCGUGUCCUCAUGUCAGGGCAGUAAACCCGUCACCUUCCAGCUUCAGGGCAACAAGCUCACUCUGUCUGGAGCCCAGAUCCACCAAGUCCCAGCAGGUCCUGCACGCCCAGUUCAAGGUAAUGUAAUGCACCUGGUGUCCAGCGGAGUGCAGCACCACCUCAUCAGCCAGCCUGCCCAGGUGGCUGUCCAGAGCGCAGCUAACACUCAUCCUGCAAGCACCUCCACUGCCCUCCCUGCGAAUCGUUUGCCUCACAAUGCCUCCUCGCAAGUGACCCCCUCUAUGGUGAGCAGUCCUGGCGUCGUGAAGAUCGUUGUGCGUCAGACAGCAGGCAAGGAGGGCGGGCCUGUGCCCACACUGGCAGUGGCCCCUUCCCCUCGUGUUGCUCCUCAGGCAUCCCCUUCCCCGCACCCUCACGCCAACACAACCCCUGUCAGAAACACUGCUCCACUGCAAAUUGCCCAGCGCACGCCUGGCCCCGCUACUGCCCACUACACCAUAGCUCCUCCCGGAAACCCUAGCUCAACCCCGAACCAGCCCCACCCCCCUCGCCCUGUCCUCAAAGUAGUGCAGCCUCCUCCAUCAAGCACAGAGCAGCCAGCUCCAGGUCAGGUGGCCUCCUCGUCCUCUGCGUCCAAGUCUCCAGCAGCACCGCGUGACAGCAGCAGCCCUCCUCCCCCCCCUCCCUCUCCUUUCUAUGUGUCGUGGCUGGCAGAUAGCCACAAACAGCAGCGUGACAGCCGACUGGACUUCAUCAUUCGAGUCAACGAGAGCCACUGUGGGGCAAAGCCCAUGUAUGGCCGGGAGGUUUUGGACUUCCUGACUUUUCUCCCUGGUCCCCGUCCCUCUCCGGCCGCCCUGAGCUCUCAGGGGGAGUGGAGCCGCUCGGGCCAAAGCAGCUGUCUGUACGCACAGUGGCAAAACAAAUACGACUACUGGUUUCAGAGCCGCGCCGUGAGAGAGGCCAUCCACAGCGUUGAGGACAGGCUGGAGCUGCUCCGUGAAGUUGUAGACAGGUUUACAUUUGCGAUUCCCCCAGUGGAGGCUCCUCCAAUCUCCAUGCACUGCUGCCAUCCUCCUCCCUCGCUGAGCCACAAGCAAGCAGCCUUCUCCUCCAUGCUGUCAACUCAAGUCGCUCCAUUAACUCGCAGUCUCCAUCGUAUCCAGUGUAACAUGAGGACCCAGUUUCCAGACCUGAGGCUCAUACAGUAUGACUGUGGUAAGCUGCAGACUCUCCACACAUUGCUGCGAAAGCUGAAGACAGGAGGCCACAGAGUGUUGAUCUUCACUCAGAUGACGCGUAUGUUAGAUGUGCUGGAGCAGUUCCUCAACUACCACGGACACAUCUACCUCCGUCUGGACGGCAGCACCCGCGUGGAGCAGAGACAGGCCCUCAUGGAGCGUUUCAAUGCCGAUCGGCGUAUUUUCUGCUUCAUUUUAUCAACUCGCAGCGGGGGUGUAGGGGUGAACCUGACUGGGGCCGAUACAGUAGUAUUCUACGACAGCGACUGGAACCCCACCAUGGACGCCCAGGCGCAGGACCGUUGCCACAGAAUCGGCCAGACCAGAGACGUCCACAUCUACAGGUUGAUCAGCGAGCGCACAGUGGAGGAGAAUAUUUUAAAGAAAGCUAAUCAGAAGAGGAUGCUGGGAGAUAUGGCUAUUGAAGGAGGAAACUUUACCACCGCCUUCUUCAAACAGCAAACCAUCCGAGAGUUGUUUGAUAUGAAUGAGGGGGAGAAGAGAGAGGCGGCGGUGGAGCUAUCGGUGCCCCAAGCUGAGGAGGAGGAAGCUGUCAACAAGCAGAGCACCACCAUUCUGGAGCAGGCCCUGUGUCGUGCCGAGGACGAGGAGGACAUAGUGGCAGCCUCUCAGGCCAAAGCAGAGCAGGUGGCAGAACUGGCAGAGUUCAACGAGAACAUACCGCUGGACGACGGAGGGGAACAAGAGGAAGUGGAGGAGCUCUCCAAGGCCGAGCAGGAAAUAGCUGCUCUGGUGGAGCAGCUCACUCCCAUUGAACGCUACGCCAUGAACUUCCUGGAAGCCUCCUUAGAAGAUGUAUGCAAAGAAGAGUUGAAGCAGGCUGAGGAGCAAGUGGAGGCUGCCAGGAAGGGCCUGGACCAGGCCAAGGAGGAGGGCCUAAAGCUCCACGCUUCAUUCGAUGAGGACGACGAUGACUUUUUGUCACCACCAGCCUCCGUGGAGCCUGCUCAGCCAGCCCCGGCCCGCCGUGGCCGUAAACCCAAGGACAAGGACAGGGAUAAGGAUAAGGACAAGGACAAGAUCGUCACCUCUACAAGGACUAGUGGUCGGCUACGUGGGGCCUCACCUGAAACUGAGCCUGAGCCUACGACCCCUAAAGAAGUGCCUGAAAGACCUCGCUUUAGUCUGAGAGGCCGAGGAGCUGCCAAAGACACCGGUACUGUGUCUACCACCCCAUGCCGCACAGACCAUCACAAAACCUCCUCAUUAACCAGGCAAGAUUCCUCCAAAUCUUCAAAAGCCUCAUCUCCUGCCAGAGAUCACCAGACCACCAAAACCAGGACUUUACCAAACCGCUCCCACCCGAGUCCAGUGCCUUCCCCUCCUACAGCCUCUCCACCUGGAGGGAAACAACAGUGCGUUGUGGAGACUGACGGCAAGAACUCCAAAGCAGGCAGAGAGGAGAAAGAGGGGGAGAAUGAGAGGAGGAUGUCUGAGUCAUCACUAGAAUCCAGCUGCCCGGUGGACCAUCAAGCAAAAGAUGAUGACGACAGCAAAGACCACAGCGCCAUGUCUCCCCCCUCCACCAGCUCCCGAUCGCCUCGCAAGCGACAGUCAGCAGAUGGUGAAGUCCGGCGGGGCCUGGUUGAAGACUCUCCGUCUGCCAAAGUCCUGCGGAAGCUUCCCGGGAGACUCGUCACGGUGGUGGAAGAGAAAGAGCCGAGAAGGAGGCGGCGGCGAGGAAGCGGCACUGGAGGUGGAGCUUCUUCAGAGGAGGCAACUGUGGAGGAGAAUGCCGCCGGAUUCGUCGACGAACCGAACAAAGACAACGCAUCACCGACCCCUGACGGCAAAAGUAAAGGGGCCGUUACCAAAUCUCCUCAGGACCAAGACUCUGUUCCUAGUCCGUCUGUGCACCCGCAGCCUGUCAGAGGUUAUCCUCCUUAUUCCCCACCCCAUCUUUCUCCCGACAUGCCCGUGCUGAGAAAUCUUCCUGUACGGCGCCGGUUGGAAACUGAAUCUCGCAUGGCUGCUCAGCUGGGAGAGCAACAGCAGCAUCUGGGUAGAGGAAGAGGAGGAAACCAGGCCAGAAAAACAGACAUACCACCAGGCAAGGACGCCACUUCAACCUCUACAGAGUCCAGUGUGAAUUCUCUUGCGACACCUUUGAAAAGAAAGAGGGGCCGGCCCCCUAAGACUUCUCCUAGGUUACCUGAGCCUGACAACACAGUAACCCCUUCUCCACAGCCCACCUCGCCAAGUGAGGAAGGGCACCCCCCUCUCUCCCCAAAACGUAAGCGGGGUCGUCCUCGCAAAGACUCCACAACCUUUCUAGAAACUGUGAGUGAAGGACAGAACUCUAAAAACGAGACCACCACUACUGGUGUUUCUGGUGUAUUGAAAACUGAUACUAUCACAGAGCCAACAGUCCCACCUCCCCGUGAGUUGGAGACCCCCAUUGCUGCUGCUGUCACUACAAGUCAGGCCUCCGUGUCUACCAAAGCUGAGGAAACAGACAUUAAGACUGAGGUUUCAACCUCAGUUUCAGCCCCUGCUUCAAUUCCACCUCAAACCUCCACAACAUCCACAGAUCAAACUUCCACACCCGUCUCGGCUUCAGUCCAAGCAGCCGCUGCACCUGCACCCCAGCAGACCGCAGCCCUUCCUGUCGCUGCCUCCACAUCAGCCUCAGCCCACUUCAUUAGUUCAGCUCCAGCUACAGUUCAAAGCCUAGACACAGCAUCAACCCAGGUUUCCUCUUCAUCCUCUGUUGCACUUUCCACGCCUGCCCCCAUCCCAGUCACUGCUACCCCGACUACCACAACCCCACUGACACCUGCCAGCACCAUCACAUCAACUCUUCCAGCGGCAAGAUCAACACUUGUGGUUUCCACAGCUUCUACAGCUCCCGUAGAGCCAAAACCUUCAGUUUCUGUAAAUGUGAAAACAACAGGACCAGACACUGCCAAAACCACCACAGUUGCCACAUCAGCUGCUACCACUCCAUCCACUGCUUUGUCUUCUCCUACGGAUGUUCCAGCAUCAGUCCCUGCCACAACGGCAACAGCUUCUAAUGUAAAAUCACUAACAGUAAGCGUUACACCAGCACUCACCACCACCACAGUGAACCCAGUCCCAACUGGAACUACUGCUGUAAAGAACUUGCCCCUUUCGUCUACAACAUCUACCCCAGCUACUGUAAUGUCCGCCCCAGCUGCCACCCAGAAUGUUUCAGCUACAGCUACUAGCUCAGCUACAGCUUCAAAACCAACCUCAACGCCUAGCCCCACUGCAGCAACAACAGCAACAACAGUAACAACCGUACAAGCGAGUCCCUCAAACUCAAGUCCAAGCACAGUUGCCACUACAAGUCCAACUGUGUCUGACGGCGCUUCUACAACACCAACAACAGUCUCAUCAUCUGCUGCAAAUACAUCUUCUCCAGCCCAAACAAGGACUAAUGUGACAACUACCAAAGUCGCAACCAAACCAGUCUCAACCUCACCACCACCACCAACGGUUCAAGUGGCCACACAGGCACCGGUAACAACUGUUUCGGUGGCUGAAUCCUCAGAAAAACCUCCUGCUGCACCUUCCCCAAUCACUUCUUCCCCAACUACAACAUCCGCCAGUGUUUCUACCACAGCCGAGGCAAAGACGGUUACAGUAACUACAUCACCUGCAACAGAGGGAGUCCAAGUAACAACCCCUUUAGUAGAAGCAUCCCCUUCCAAAGAACAUACAACUACCCCUUCCACAACUGCAGAAAACACUGUCAAGACCCCACCCCAAAUAACGACUUCCACAGCUGCUACACCAGCUCCACUACCAACCGUCACCACAACUACAUCCCCUGAAAAGUCCUUUACAGUUGCGACCACAAACGUCGUCCCAACUACACAUGUAUCCACUCCCAUAGUCACCCCUGUGUCAGUAGCAACAACCACAGCUGCCACAGUUCCUCCUGUGUCCACCACACAAACCUCUGCAGUCAUUUCCUUGCCAGUAGAAAGCUCUUCGUCCACAGACGUUUCCCCAGAGGUGUCCACACCAGCCCAGACAGAGGCCCUGCCCCAGAUACCCACACCUGCUGCUUCUAGUGUUUCAUCAGAGAAGCAAUCUUUAGAGCCAACGCAGAAAGCCCCUAAAAGUGACCCGGACAGGGUGACAGAAAUGGAGGAGGGAGCUGUAGAGACUGAGGCGAGGACUAGAAAGGAGGAUGACGACAAACAGCCAGACCUCUGUAAGCCUCAGCCGAAAAGGAGAAAGGUGGAGAGUUCCUCGGAGACCAAAGACUUGGAGUCAGGAAGGGAGGGAACGGACGGAGAAACACCGUCUGCAACUGAUCAUCAGGAAGAAGACCCUAAGCAACAAGCAGAGGAGCAACUUACUGAAGAUCAGAGAACUCCAUGCCAGAAAAGAUCUCUUAGUCGCCAGAGUAGCCAGGAGUCCACCCGCUCCUCUUCGCCGUCAUCUGGGUGCUCGACAUCAACCCUCACUCGUCACGCUCACCACAAGAGGACUUACGAAAACAGACAUCCUACCAAGAAGAGGCGAAUGGACGUCACCUCAGAAACAGGGGAGGAGGAGAAAAUGGAAGAGGACGGGGAGAACAAAGAGGAAGGCAGCAACAAGGAGCUGGCCAAUGCUCCCUCUCGGAGAGGGCGCUCCAGGUCGUCUUCCUCCUCCUCCUCGGAUUCUGACAGCGGGAGCAGGAAGGAGCACCGGCUGACUCGCUCAGCCAAACACAGGCUACAAGAUCAAGAGAGGGAAAAGGGCAACAGCCGACAAGGAAAGAAACCUGCACACAGCUCUGACAGAAACGCAUCAAACAACACCAACGCGUCCACAGGUGGAGAGUCUGGCAGUGAUACGUCUUCUGUUAGGAUCACCAGGAAGUCUGCAGGAUCGCAGCCUUCACAAGACAACAAAGCUCAAACAAACAGCGCGCCCUCAUUGCCUCCUGAGCCCGAGGUUCUGGGGAAGAGGUGCUCGGCACUCAACGCAGCAGCCAAACUCCUUGCGAUGAAAGGCAGGGUGGACACGCCUGGCCACACCACUCGGAGAGACUCGGCGGCCAAGGCCGCCGGGACUUCCCCCGCCUCCUCUUCUGACAAGAACCAAAAACCUAAAAGCAAAAGUGUACCAGCCUCCCCUCAGAGUAACUCUGUAAAUCUAACUAAUAAUAAAAGCAGCAGCAGCAAACCCUCAACACCCAAUCAGACGAGCCGCUCUGCUUCCCGCUCCACCAGACAGUGCCCUGGUUCUCUGGUUCCCCCCCUGGAGGUGGAGUACAAGAGGUCUAAAGCAGAGGAGAAGGACAGAGGGAGUAGGAAGUCAUCAGGGGUGAAGGAAGGCGAGGCAGAGGCUCAGUCUUCAUCCCGGGGCCACAGUGCGUGCAGCAGCAUGAGCAGCGACGGCGAGGGCGACGGCGGCGGCCGCAGCAGCAGAAGCCGCAGCAGCAGCAACAGCAGCCAACGCACCCACAGCAUCAGCUCUCAAAACACGGAGCACAGAGGAUCCCGCGCCACUUCCUCCGGCAGCGAGCGCAGCUCCGAGCGGAGUAGAGACAAAAAAGAGAGGCAGCGACGGGAGAGUCGGCACGACAGCAGGAGGUCUCAAAAGAUCUCGCAGGAGGUGACCAGCAGUUCGGGAACAGAGGGGACGCCGGACAGGGUGCUGCGGAGCGUCGCGGCGCUCGCAGCGGUGCAGGCCCGGUCACCGGCCGCAAGCACCCGCUCCUCUUCUGGUCAACAUCGUCACAACAAGACAUGAUCGGAGUGCCAAAGGGGAAAAAAAAAACGGAAGUGAGAGUGUUGUCACGAGAGCAAUGUCAUGACCUCCAAGGUUGCUGCUUUGUCUGCACUCUUAAUGAAUGCAAGGGGAACUGAGUGCACAAGCCAGGGACCUCCCCUGCCUCUUGGGCCCUCUCCCUUUCCAAUUGGAGCUGGUCCCCUCAACCAGCUCAGCCAUUGUCAGCUGGGGGAAGGCUCAGGGACGCCGGACUGAGAGUAUAAAAAAUGUGGCGCCAUCAUGGUGCGUCGGUAACACAGAUAGAAGAUGGUACAGUGGUUUAAACUUCACCACUGGGACUUUGAAAGGGGGGGGACAAAAAGGUGCAAGAGGUAAUAAAGGAAAAGUUGUUAGUUCACAUUAUGUACUGUAAUCAUUAAAGACUGGAACACUCAGAUCUUAUGUGUUAAGAUGGGAUUAUACAGCACCCUCUUAUUAGGGUUAUAAAUGAAAAGUCAUUUGUGUGACAUUAAAAACUUUUUGAGUGACCAGUUGUAUUGUAAGUUGGAGGUUUUAGAAAGUUUGGUUUUGAAAAAUUUCGUCAGCUGUCCUGACUAUUGUUUCUUUGUAGUCAGUUGAUAAGUUAUGCAUAUUUUAUUAUUUCUUCCAGGGUAUUAGGAAGAGGAACUGAUCUGUCAAUGUGAUCUUUGCUGCACUAUGCUGGAGCUUGUCUUUUGCUUGGGCCCCCUUUUUAUUUUUCAUGUCAAUUUUUUUCUGUUCAUUUUGGAUUCAAUUCAUUUUUAAAAAGAAAAUCCAGCCUCGCAUUUCUCAUUUGCACAUCUGAUAACGUGGCCCUCUGCUUUAUUGAGUACAUUGUGGUGUAGUAAUAAGUUUUUACAUCAACUUCGGUAAAUUAACUGGUUCCCCCGGUACCUCACGAUGUAUCUCCACAGAUUAAUUCAAGUUGCAAAUUGUCUUUGAAGACGUUAUUUGCUCCUCACAGACCCGGAGCUCCUUUUUUUGUUUUUGUUUUUGUUUUUUUUCCCCCCUAAUCUUCCCAACAGGCAGUUAUUGUUACGGUCCACUUUGUCAUGUAUUUAUAUCGAAAAGGGCAAAAAGUUUAAGUGUUUAUUGAAAAUUUAAAGAGUGCCUCUCUGGCCAAAAUGGGUUUGAACCUCUGAUUGCCUUGUGAAGCACCUGAACGCCGGGGUGCUGAGCUUCACUCGUUAUUUAAAACAAAAAACAAACAAAAAAAAAAGCCAAACAAAACAGGAAAAAAUGAAUAAAAAUAUAACCUUCCCCCUCCCUCCCUCCCCACCUCCUUCUUCCCACCCCCCCUCCCUCUCCCUCCCCAGGAAAUGUUAAGAAAAGCACCCUGUGCAUCAGUGCAACCAAAUUUAAUGUUUUAUUUUUCACCUGGAUUUUUGUCACCAUUACUUCAUUGCUCUUCGUUCAUGUAAGAAAAAAUAAAAAAUUUAAAAAAAUACUUGGACAAAAAUAUGUGAAUAAAAUUACUGGUACAGUUCCAGAUGACUGUAAAUUGUCAAUUUACUUUUGGACUUAAGCUACUUUGAGCGAAGGUGAUAUUUCGGGGGCGGGGGGGGGGGUAGUUUAUGGUGAUGGUCUUAUUUUCUUUGAUUUGUCUCUUUCAUUUGUUGCAUUCCUUUUGAUCCCUUGUAAUUCCACAUUGUUUUACUUGAAAAAUUAAGACAAUUACAGUUGAAUAAAAAGACCAAAAAUUA